AUGCUCAGAGCGCUGUGGCUGGCUGGCCUGGCCACCGCCUCAAUCACCAUCCAAGUCCAACGCGUCGACCCAUUGCCCUUCACCGCGUCAGGUAUCGCUACAUCAGCUGUAGAUCUAUUCUCGCGGAGCUGUCCAGAAGAAGCCGAGAACACAGCCUCAAUACUCGCAUCAUCGUUUGAUGAUCUGUCAGAACGAAAUGUAUUCCCCUCGUCGGAUGGGUUUGUGAGGGGUGCUGUUGAGGCGUGGGCUAAGCACGAGCAUCUAAUCCUUCGCCCUGAUGAGAUCUGGUUCGAGGUUCUGGCGCAGAUGAAUGUGUACAUGAGUACGCACUCUGAAGCUCUCCGGCAUUUAUUCGUUGAUCACGCUGGGCGCGAGAAGAUUACAGUGGAGGGUUCUUCGUGGGAGAGUAUCAUUGGGGCGUUUAGGGGGGAGGUACAGAGGAGGGUUAAGACGGGGUGGUUGUUGGAUUGGAUAAAGCCUGGUUUUAGCACCUCGACUGCCCAGGAUGACGUUACGGCUACGGUGUUGAUGAUGGGGCUGAUGCAGCAUUUCUUUGAGUAUGAGGGCAUGAUGGUAUGUGGAAUACCGAGUGUUACGUUACUUGGGGAGAGGGAGGAUUGGGUUAAGCUGGGGGAAAAGGUAGAGAAGUUGAAGGAGUUUGGGGAUGAGGCGGGGGGAUUUGCGGAGAGGUUGAGGCCGAUUAUGAAGAGGUUUGUUAGUUCAUGGGAUGUUGAUACUGAUGGAGGUGAGAGUGAUGGGGAGAGGAAGUUGUUUUGGGAGCAGAUUGUUCGGGCGAAGAAGAAGUGGUCUUGUGGUGAGGGGGCGAGUGAGUGGGAUGUCUCAGGGUGGAUUACGGGGUUUAUGUAUUGGGAUCGGGACGGAAAGGUUAGGGGUGUUUAUGAGGACUGGUAUGAUAAUUGGGACGAGGAUGACGAAGAGUCCGCAGAGAAGGUCGAAGAGAUCAAGAAAGAGGCCGAAGAAAAGAAAGAGGAGGUUCAGAUGGGCAUCUUCCCCCACGACUGGUCCCUCACAAUCGACGGCCAAAGCUACAUCCCCAUCACCCUCUCCGACAUCAGCAUCGGCUACGCCAAAGCGCCCCUGACCAUGAAGAACUACCCCUCAGAAGGCGUCGACACACCAGCGUUUCUCGUAGCAGGCAACGUCGGCGUGGAGAAGAGGAAUACACCCGGGGGAAUUAUGGCGCAGCCUGUGAGUGGGUGGUUUGUGUAUACAGGUGUAGAGGCGAACUAUAGUGCUGGGCCGUGGUUGGGGAGUGGUGAGGAGCUGGGAGGGAUCGCGGAGGGGAUUGUGAGCUGUAAGGCUGCGACGGAGAAUGAUAAGGAUGCGGUCAAGGAGGGGGAGAAGAAGGAAGAGAAGGAGGAGGAAGUAAAGGAUUUAUAA